AUGGACGAUAUGGUUGAGCUUAUUCUGCAUCAUGGAGGCGCGAUGAAUAUGUCGGGGGGUGUUCCACAGUACGUUGGGGGGGUUGUCGAUGUCGUCAAUGUGAAUCGUGAUGUCCUGUCCUACUUCGAAUUGACGAAGACUUUGAUUGAAGAUUUGGAAAAUAUUUCCGUCGAGAGGCUAUGGUACUUGACACCUGGGGAAAGUAUGGCGACAGGAUUGCAUGAAAUUGUGUCGGAUGUGGAGGUUUUAACUGGGUUGCUGCCUUUGGUUGGAACUGGAGAUAUAAAGGUGUACUUUGAGGCAACAAGGGAUCUCGGAGAGCUGGGUUAUAUGGGAGAUAAUUAUGGCCAUUUUCCUGAAGGGGAAGAUGCAUCUGGCGACAAUUCAGCAGCACCUGAGUUUGUUCGGCUAGAGGAUGAUGAUGCUCAGACAUCCGACGAGGAAUACCAUGAGAUAAGAGCUGAAGCUAGGAGAAGGAAUAGAAGAAUGGUAGCAGAUCUUGAUGGUGAAGGUAGUUCAGUGAAUCAAUUGUUUGCGUGGGAUGUCAACCAUCAUGCUGACUUUGAUUUGGAUAGUGCUACUAUUGAGGGUGGAGCUGAAGCGGAAGCUGAAACAGACUCUGUAGAGCUUGAUGAGAGUGUGGAAUUUGAUGAGAGUGUCGAGAUUGAUGAGGGUAUUCAAAGGGGUGCAGAACAAGUCAACGUGGACGAGGAGAUCAAUGCCGAAGGAUCAAUUGAUACGGAGUAUAGGGCCUCUGAGGAUUCUGCCCAUGUUAGAGGGAACAUUGCUGAAGAAGAUGGUGCUACAAGCUACGACAAGAGCUUGUGUUAUGAUCCCAAGUGUGAUCAUAACACUUUGAAGUUCAAAACCCAUAUGCGGUUUUUAGAUGGUAAUCAAUUUAAAGCUGCUGUUAUGAAGAAUGCAAUUAAAAUGGGAGCUGAUAUUAGAUGGGUUAGGAGCAGUUCGACGAGGAAGGAAGCUGUGUGUGCACAAAGGGAAGAGUAUGGUUGCAUGUGGAAGGUUUAUGGUAGUUGGUUUCGUGGAAAAGAAGCAUUCAUGGUUAAAUAUUCUGGGCCAGAUCAUAUUUGCCCUCGAGCAAUUCGGAUUCGUGCUGCGGGUUAUAAGUGGAUUGCAUCUGAGUACCUGGAUGUUUUCCGUGUUAAUCAAGCAUGGAAUGUUAACUUAAUAGCAGCUGAAUUGAAGACCAAACACAAUAUCUACGUCUCUAACCAAACAUGUUAUAAGGCACGGCUCGAGGCUCGAAGACUGCUUUAUGGUUCGCUUACUGAGGAUUUCCACAAGAUUAGAGACUAUAUUGGCCAUUUGCUGAGAGUUGACAAGAGAGGGUCAUUUCUGCUGGAGGUUGAUUCUGUACCUAACUCGGAGAAGGUAUAUUUCAAGCGUUUGUUCAUUGGUUUCUCUAGUUUGGCAAAGGGGUUCUUGAAAGGGUGCAGGCCAUUCUUUUGUUUGGAUGGUUGUUUCUUGAAAGGGGAAGUACAAGGGAUGUUACUGUCGGCAGUUGGAAAAGACGGUAACAAUCAUAUGUUCCCAAUAGCGUGGGCAAUCGUUGAAUCGGAGAACAAAAAUUCCUGGACCUGGUUCAUUAAAGCAUUGCAAGACAUUCUUCGGAUCGAGGAUGGUGGCGGUUGGACAGUAGUCUCUGACCAACAGAAGGUAUGCAUUCUGUUUUUGGUUAAAUGA